AUGAGCAGCAAAGUCUCCCGGGACACCCUCUACGAGGCGGUGGGGGAAGUCCUGCGUGGGAACCAGAAACUCAACAAGAAUAAGAAAUUAGUCAAGAAGCUGGCCAAGAAGUAUGAUGCCUUUUUGGCUUCAGAAUCUCUGAUCAAGCAGAUCCCACGAAUCCUGGGCCCAAGCCUGAAUAAGGCUGGCAAGUUCCCUUCCUUGCUGACCCACAAUGAGAACAUGGUGGCCAAAGUGGAUGAAGUGAAGUCCACCAUCAAAUUCCAGUUGAAGAAGGUGCUGUGUCUGGCAGAGACUGUUGGCCGUGUGAAGAUGACAGAUGACCAGCUUGUGUACAACAUCCACUUAGCAGUCAAUUUCCUGGUGUCCUUGCUCAAAAAGAACUGGCAGAAUGUCCGGGCUUUCUACAUCAAGAGCACCAUGGGCAAGCCCCAGUGCCUGUACAAAGGCACAGCUCAAUAA